UCUGAAAGGUUAUUACAACUUUCCGUGAAAAAUCGGAAAAUCUAAAAUAACAUUCUUAAAAACUCAACGAAAAUAAAACAAUGGAACCCCAAGGAGAAGCCCUGAAGCAGCUACAGGACCAUUGUUUGGACCGUGAGCUGCCUAUGCCCGUCAUGAUGAUUGAGCAAACAUCAGAGGAAGUGUUGGCCUACUGCAACUUGGGCAAGCUGUCCUGCUGUGGCAGGUCGGACAACGUGAAGCAGGCCUGCCACAAGGCAGCCACUAAAAUGUUGUCCAUGAUCACCAUUCAAAAGGACAACGAUAUCCCUACCGUAAAGUCCAUGCGUCUCUGUGAUCGCCACAAUUACUUCAAGAACUUUCCGUCAGCCCUGAAAGUUGCUGCCUUUGAAGUCAUCCUUCGUCCGGACAAGUACACCAGUACCAAGGAGCAAGCACUGAGCCUAUUGGCCGCCCUGAAGCUAUCAUCAACCAUGGACAAAGUGUCCACAAAAGCAGGGAACAAGCAGCUCUAUCAAAUCGAAAUCGAUUGCCCGUUGGAUUGUUUGUUUUUGGCUUGCCCCCUGCCUAUCCCUAUGAUAUACGCCAUUUUGCUUGUUGUCGCCGCCGUCGUCGUCGAGGGAGUGACAGGGACAACUAAAGAGACAACGAUUAGUGCAAUUGGAACGGCAGACAUUCCAGUGGAAAGACAACAAGACGCCGAAGCAGCUGUACGCGAAGUGAUCUCACCGCCAUUGGGUGUUAGUGUGGGCUUAGUGGAUUCACUGAUCCUGGUGCCCGACGAGAACGACAAGUGCCCGCAGGGUUAUUUCCAUUGCAACAGUUCGGCACAGUGUGUGCCGCAGCGGGCCAACUGUGAUGGCAGCGUCGAUUGCGAUGACAAGUCGGAUGAGCUUAAUUGCGACAAUGAGGUGGAUGCCAAGUACUGGGAUCAUCUCUUCCGGAAGAAUACAUUUGGCGCAGGCGAUGACAAGAAGUUGGGCGAUUGUUUAUGGCAGAACGAGAACUUCAGCUGUCCUUGUCGCGGCGACCAGAUCCUGUGCCGCUUCCAGCAGCUUACAGAGCUGCCAACUCGCUUGCCACAAUAUGAUCUGGCAACGCUCGAUCUUACGGGCAGCAACUUUGAAAACAUAAAUGAGACCUUCUUCGAGGGACUGCCCGAGGUGAAAAGCUUAGUUCUGAAGUUCUGCGGAAUCCGUGAGAUUGCCUCGCACGCCUUUGAUCGCCUGGCGGACAACCCACUGAGGACCCUUUAUAUGGACGAUAAUAAAUUGCAGCAUCUGCCGGAACACUUCUUUCCCGAAGGCAAUCAAUUGAGGAUUCUAAUUUUGGCACGCAACCGACUGCACAGCCUGAAUCGCAGUGAUUUCCACAAUCUACAGCAACUGGAGGAGCUGGACCUGCGAGGCAAUCGCAUUGGUAGCUUCGAAGCGGCGGUGUUUGCGGAACUAAUAAGCUUGGAAUUUUUAUAUCUCAACGAAAAUCAAGUAAAACGUCUAGAUGCCGAAAUGUUUCCCAGGACUUUGCUCCGCCUGCACACACUGUCCUUGGAUCGCAAUCAAAUCGAGGAUAUUGACGCCAACACUUUUCAUUUUCCAUGCCUUCGACAUUUAUAUCUGGCUGGCAACCGACUCUCUCACAUACGCGACGAAACCUUUUGCAAUCUUAGCAAUCUCCAAGGAUUACACUUGAACGAGAACCGCAUCGAGGGUUUCGGACUGGAGGCCUUCGCCUGUUUGGGCAACCUCACAUCGCUGCUGUUAACGGGCAAUCGCUUCCAGACGCUCGAUCCGCGGGUCCUCCAAAACCUGAGCAGCCUGGAUUACAUUUACUUCUCCUGGUUCCAUCUGUGCAGCGCCGCCCUCCAUGUGCGCGUCUGCGAUCCGCAUGGCGAUGGCAUUAGCAGCAAGCUGCAUCUCCUGGACAACCAGAUACUGAGAGGCAGCGUUUGGGUGAUGGCCUCCAUUGCCGUUGUGGGCAACCUUUUGGUGCUCCUCGGACGCUACUUCUACAAAUCCAGAAGCAAUGUGGAGCAUUCACUGUACCUACGACACCUGGCCGCCAGCGAUUUUCUCAUGGGCAUUUACCUGACGCUGAUUGCCUGCGCGGACAUUAACUUUCGCGGCGAGUACAUCAAGUAUGAGGAGGCCUGGCGCCACAGCGGUGUCUGCGCCUUUGCCGGCUUCCUCAGCACCUUUAGUUGCCAGUCGUCGACGCUGCUGCUCACCCUGGUCACCUGGGACCGUCUGAUGUCUGUGACGCGGCCCCUCAAGCCACGGGACACGGAAAAGUUUCGCAUUGUCCUGCGCCUGCUGCUGCUGUGGGGCAUCAGUUUCGGCCUGGCAGCGGCACCUCUGCUCACCAAUCCCUACUUUGGCAGCCACUUUUAUGGCAACAACGGUGUCUGCCUGUCCCUGCACAUCCAUGAUCCCUAUGCCAAGGGCUGGGAAUACUCGGCUUUGCUGUUCAUCUUUGUCAACACCUUGUCCCUGGUCUUCAUCCUGUUCUCCUAUGUGAGAAUGCUGCAGGCUAUCAGAGAUUCUGGCGGAGGAAUGCGGAGCACGCACAGCGGCAGAGAGAAUGUGGUGGCUACCAGAUUUGCUAUAAUUGUGACCACGGAUUGCGCCUGCUGGCUGCCCAUAAUUGUGGUCAAGGUGGCUGCCCUUUCAGGCUGCAACAUCUCACCCGAUCUGUACGCCUGGCUGGCGGUGCUGGUCUUGCCGGUUAACUCGGCCCUGAAUCCCGUGCUGUACACCUUGACCACGGCUGCUUUCAAGCAGCAGCUGCGUCGCUACUGCCACACGCUGCCCAGCUGCUCGCUGCUGAACAACGAGACCCGCUCCCAGACGCAGACGGCCUACGAGUCGGGAUUGAGCGUAAGUCUGGCUCAUUUGGGUGGCGGUGUAGGUGGUGGUGGUGGUUCUGGCAGAAAGCGACUCUCCCACCGGCAAAUGAGUUACCUGUAGAGGAGAGGAUGCGCUAGACGACGAUUUGUGAUCUAAAUAGUUAAAAUUUUAUUGUAAUUUCUAAAUUAUAAAUACAUAUUCAGAUGUUAGUUUGGAAUGCUUGGCA